AUGGGGGAAGCAGCGACAGUGGUGAAGAACAAACAAGUUCUGUUCAAAAGCCAUCCAAUUGGGGCUCCGAAAGAGACCGACUUCCAAUUCUGCGAGGACAGCACCAUAAGUUUGGAAGUCCCCGAAGGCUCAAAUGGGGUGUUGCUUAAGAAUCUCUACUUGUCAUGUGAUCCUUACAUGAGGUUUCUCAUGGCACCGGGUUCUGGUAUUGAGGAAGAACUUUCUAAUUACGCUGUUAGCUCUCCCAUAAAAGGCUAUGGAGUAUCAAAGGUUGUGGAUUCCAAACAUCCUAAUUUUCAAAACGGUGACUUGGUAUGGGGUACAACAGGAUGGGAAGAGUAUAGUCUUAUAACCAAACCCGAUGAUUUGACAACGAUUGAGCACAAAGAUAUACCGCUUUCCUACUACACUGGAAUUUUAGGUAUGCCGGGGUUGACUGCAUACGCUGGAUUCUACGAGAUUUGCAAACCAAAAGUAGGAGAUAAAGUGUAUGUUUCAGCUGCUGCUGGCUCAAUUGGUCAGCUUGUUGGUCAGUUUGCAAAAUCGGCAGGUUGUUAUGUUGUUGGAAGUGCUGGAAGUAAAGAAAAGGUUGAUCUUCUGAAGAACAAGCUUGGAUUUGAUGAUGCUUUUAAUUACAACGAGCAAGAAAUAGAUGCUGCACUGAAAAGGUUCGUUAAUAUAUACAGUACUAAUUAUCUGAACAAAGUUAUUAUCAUAGGAAGUGUCAAAAACCUUUUUUCUGUCGUUCAUGUUGUAUUCAGCUAUGUAAUUUCAGAGCCAAGCUAGGUGGCAAUAAUCUUAGUCAAAUGAGUUUAUCAGGGGAUCUAAAUUAGUUAACCAUUUGAGGAUGGUUCAUUUCACUUUAUAGAUGGUUAUCUUUCAGGUACUUUCCCGAAGGAAUCGACAUUUACUUUGAAAAUGUCGGGGGAAAGGCGUUGGAUACCGUGGUUCUCAAUAUGAGAAUGCACGGUCGGAUCGCCCUCUGUGGAAUGAUAUCCCAGUACAAUCUUGAGAAACAUGAGGGAGUGCAUAAUCUAAUCCAGCUCAUCUUCAGAAACAUCAGGAUGGAAGGGUUCACGUCUUUUGCGUACCGUCACGUGUACUCGAAAAUGCUGGAUUUCAUGCUGCCUUACAUACGAGAAAAGAAGAUCAUCUGUGUGGAAGACAUUGCAGAAGGACUUGAAAAUGGUCCUGCAGCAUUUGUAGGUCUCUUCACCGGUCGCAACGUUGGGAAGCAACUGGUUGCACUUGCUGCUAAAUGAUGGUUCCUCGUACGAUUAAUUUCAUUCGUAGAAAUGGAAUAUGUAUUUUUGCUUUCUUGCCUUAAAUUUGUGCUACGAAUUGGUACGCCCCAAAGAACUAGCUAAUUCUAUUGUAAUAUUUUAAUUAAAAAUUUUUACUUUUUUUAAGGCAAAAAUUGUGACGAAAUAUCCA